GAGCUGCGUUUGAACGGAGCCAGACGAGGGAAGAGGAGCUGAAAUGACUUUGCAAUGAAUAUGAGGAGUAAACCAGGACCUUAAACAUUGGGAUUUCUCUCCUUCUGCACUGGAUGGUUCCUUUUAUUUAGCGGCGUCGGAGGAUUAUUCUCAUUGUGCCAUUAGCGCUCCAAAUGCGUAAAAGCCAAACCUGGCACCGGUCUUGUAGUUUGGCAUUUUUGUAGAUAAAUAUCCAAACCGGUGGAGGCCAAAUUUGAAAACAUCUUUAGCUGUGAGGGGUUUUAACCAAAAAAUGUGAUUCCUUGUCCUCCUCAUGAGGAAGCCAAGCCCCGUCGUUGGCAUCUGAAACAGCUGGGUCGCGUCGAGAAGGUUGUGGAUUAACGUUUUUUUUCCUUUUUUCCCCCCUCUCCUUCCACUCCAAGACGUCUUUCAGUGGCCUUUAGCCAAAAUGAGCGUCGAUUUAAUUGAAUUAACUACAUGAGUGGAGACUAAACAAACACAUAUUCCUUCGCAUCUUUUCUUUCUCCUACAAAUAAACGGCGCCAGGAAAAUAUGGAAAGCGAGGUUUUCACCCCUUUGCUGGAGCAGUUUCUGCUCACGCCUCUGGUGUGCUGGGUGAAGACAGUCGGGCAGCCGACAGUGACCGAUGGCACCAAAUUAUCGGAAUAUAUUGAGCUAGUGGAUGGGAUUUACCUGAACGAGAUCAUGCUCGAGAUAAAUCCUAAAGCCACAGUGCAGAGGACCAACAAGAAGGUGAACAAUGACCCCACACUGCGCAUCCAGAACCUCUCCAUUCUCAUCAGGCAGAUUAAAGCCUACUAUCAGGAGACCCUCCAGCAGCUGGUGAUGAUGCCUUUGCCGAAUGUGCUGGUGCUGGGCCGAAACCCUCUCUCCG